AUGAGUGCGAGCGAGACAGAGUCUCAAGGGACAGAUCACCGUGCGCAUGCGAGGGAGUUGAAGCAUGAGAUCGAAAGCUUUCAUCGGUUUGCAAGGGAAUUCGAGAGGGGUGACUACAGAGCUGUAGUCACCUUGGAAAAAGAUGUGACUCGGUUCGCCAAGCGAAGUAAAGGUAUUGAUGACAAGGCCGUUCACAACAUAUACCGAUGUCUCGGUAUCGCGUUCUUCGAGGAGAAGAUGUACAAUCAAUCUAUAAGAUAUCUGAAGAAAUUUCUUGAAUUCGCCAAGAGUGAUUACAACUGGAAUGGCAUCAUCGACACUCAUAAGGUACUUGCAAGGGCAUAUCAACUUCUGGACAAGACAGACAAGGCGAUCAAGCAUUAUCAGUCUCUUGUCAAGGCUUACCAGGCUACCAGCAGAUUCUCUGAGAUCGCAGGCGUGUCGACAGAGUUGGCACUUUUGUAUUCGUCCAAGGGAAAGUAUGCAAAUGCCAAGAAGAUUUUGUUGAACCAUCACGAGGCCGAUCCUUCAGUCUCACAAGAGCCUCCGAAUGAUCCUUUGCCCUCGUGGGGAGAGCUCGACACGGAUUCUGUCGUGGACGAGUUUGCUCGUCUUGCCCUUGAGCUUGAAGGUAAUCAGUUUCGUUACUUUUCUCCUUCACCUUUGAAGAUACCUCUCCACGAAAACACAGGAAUACAGCAAGGUGCAAAAGAAGAACACGGGUUGAGUUCGAAACCUGCAGAGAAGACUUUUGUGCGCAACAUCGAGUUACCUGACUUCGUGGUUGAAGACGACGUGCUGAAUUCCAAGUAUGAAGAAUUUAUAUCAAAGAUGUAUGAAAACGCGCAAAACGAAUCCAAGAAAUACUCCAUGAUUAGAUUUCCGCUCGUUCCGAAGAUCAUCAUGUCUGGCGGGGUCCCUCGAAGUUCUCAACCUCACUCUAACUUCGCGGAAUUCCUCGGGGAGAACCCGAACCGCUUCCGGAGGACUCGAGAGCAAAGGUGCAUGAAGCUCGGCUGCUCAGGAGGAGUGAUGUCGGCGAAAGAGACUCGAACUUUGAAAAGGUUCAAGUUCUUUCGCGUGCAGCUCAAAGAUUCAGAUCAUUUGUGUGACAUGCGGGAAAGCAACAGUGUCAUCAGGAGCGUUCUGUCGAAAGGCUUGUCUCGAACUUGUGACUUGAACGGAGGCUACUUGAUGCCUGGCUCUGACUAA